GCAAACAAUCCACCACUCUGCGGAUACGAGCUAGAUGCCUCCCCCUGAAUAGAGGCGCUUGCCGUACGCUGGUGAGCAACUUUGGUAAAUUAACGCGUUAUGGUGCCCAGCUCGCCCUGUCAUUGUAAGAAAAGCGCAAUUGGGACGCUCACGCACCCACCUAGAGAGAGAGAGAAACCAGAAAAGAAGUAUGGAUUGGGUUCUGUCCGUUUGUGAAGCCAAGCAGCAGAUUGCGGCAUUGCUGCCGGUAAUCGCCGUUUCCUACUGCGGUGUCCGUCGCCAUGAUGCACCCGGCCGCAACAUUGAGAGUGGCUGUUUUCUGUCACAUUCUCUGAUGCAGCUGAAAAGUUGACGUGUCGAUGCUUUAACGUGAUGAUGCUCACACAAUCUCGUUUCCGGUUGAUUCGUGGAAAUGGUCCUUUGCAGAAGGGAGAAGCAAAGAUUAGCGACGGAAAAGAAAUAUCGGCAGCUGCGAGGCGUCCAGAACAUCUACAAAGUACCUAAUCCAGUACAUGUGACUAAGCUGACUAUAUGGCAGGUGUGACGCGGUACCUGACUUCCCGGACUCAGACUCAGACUCGGCCUCAAGAGUGACGGUUUACGACUCACGAGUACCUUGAGGUUCGCCAACUCUUUCCUGUAACACGGCGGGAUUUCCAUCAACAUCAAUUGAUCAAUUAAUCACCAACAUCGAAGAAAUAGUUUACGUCCCCGACAUCCGUCACACGAAGCAAUGCCUCGAAAUUAUACCAUUUUUCCGCCACCACCCAGAAUAGAGUCGUUCUGGGCAACUUCGUUCGCAGUCCAUUCAGCUGGAACUAGCAAAGCUCACACCGCACACCGCACACCGUACUGAGGUGGCAGACCCUGCAAUCAUUGAGCACCACCGCAGCUAGCGCCGGAGACUCGAUGCUUUUCCAGCAUUGUGGCGACCUGAGCAACCAUACGCAUGACAUCUCGUUGACUCGGCCGUACUCCCUUGCCUUGCCUUAUGCUUAUCGACUUGUUGGGCUUGCCAUCUUGGAGCAAUUUGACGCGGCACACACGCCAGCCUCCAAGAUUGAUAAUUGACUUUCGAUGCGUCAUUUCAGUUCCAUCGAAUCGCGGCCAACACAUCCGAGAAACAACACCAGGGGCGAAUCCCUGAGUGAUCUGCUUCCGCCCGCUUCCAAUCAGCAGGGGGCGCAGAAAAGAUGUCUCGCACACGCACAUCUACAUCAGGGGCCGGGUACCCUCAACCAUGAUCAAUCCAGGGCCAGGCACAGGCACGCUCAUUGAAAGUAUGCAAGCAAGAUGGACACAAUGCAAGAUGCAGGCGGACUACGCUUCAAAACAGAUGAGCGGAGAAACGUGUCGUCAACAUGGUUCGAUACGCGCCGUUUGGCGGGACGACGCCUGCUUUGAUGCCACUGCCGGUCGACGACUAAUGCCUCACGAAUACCAAGAACAAACACCCAUCCGUCUGCGCCGUUAACCGCGACCACUUGGUUCGGUAGGUAUUCCAAACGUCGAGCCCACCUUGACAAAGUCCAGUUUUUCCAAGACCAACGGAGCAAAGCCAUACGCUACCGACUGGCGUUGUCCAACAGGAAUUCUUUGACUUUGUUCCUGGGACACACUAAGAUGGCUAGUCCUGAGACCAGUCAGCUGGUGCUGCCAAUAAAAGCAGCUGGCAAAUGGGCUUCUUUCCAACCCUCGUCGAUUGCUUUUUCUCCGAGGUGGCACCAAUUACGACGUCUGACCCCUGAACCCAGUGCCAUGUUUUCUUCUUUCUCGGAUCGGCAGAGUACCCAGCAUCGUGGAGGCGCAUCGUCGUCCUUUGGAACAGAUCCAUGCUUGUUUGCGCUUGCAACAGCUAUCAAGAUCUGGAAUCUCCCCCAAUGCUCUAGGAUAGCAUUCAACCUCGAAACCCAGGCACAACUCAACUUCGAUUACCUUGGCACUGGCAGCCGAGACCAAUCAGGCUGUUUUGAUAGAUGGAUUGCCUUGGGCUUUCGGUUUGGCGAUCGUGGUGCGCCAGCCAAAGUUCACCGAGAAGCGUGGGAACGAGAGGCCUCAUCCACUUGCACUCGAGUCGGACAGCAACACCAACGGCCGGAGGUCCUGACAUACUACAGAGAACUAGACCAUGAAACAGGCUUGUAAGCCGUUUCGUGCUCUUCACACCUUUGUUGUCACUUUCGCACGGGCCGCGGUCCAUCCCAUUCCCUCCCAUCCGACCAUCUAUCCGUCUGCUUACCUGUUUUCGAAACCUUGAUGCGCCAUUUCGUCCGAGCAACGAGUCUUGUCACCACCACACCACACCAACAAGCCUGUUCUAAGCUUCUUUGCCACUCCUGCGCCAUUCCUCAAGGCGCUCAGAAGCCUGUUUGCAUCCCAAGACAAACAGAUGAUUCGGACAUGUGGAAAUCAGCAUCUGAUUGAAGCUUGCCCUGCUCCGCCCAAGAGUAGGCAACCUGGAACUCUGGUUAUCUCGCGACGCUUUCCAAAGUAUAGUCUUUCUCGCCACACGUUGUGUAUUGAGGACAGACUUCGUCUUCUACGAUGUGCAGAAGGUAGCCACCCGUUCAUGUGACGAAUGAUGGGUGGGCAGCGAUCUGGCCCUUGAACAUUCCUGCUCUUCAGAAGGAAAAAAUCUCAAUGUCUCGAUACUUGGCCUUUGACGGAAACCAUGGCUCUUCCACGGGUGUGUGCUCCAUCACACCAUGCAACUCGGAGCAGCCACGCUCGGGGACAUGGGUAUCGCAUCGUUUGACUGCACGAAGCCUUCGACCUGGGCCCAAAACACGGUCUAGCGUAGACUAUUUUCUGCUCAUUCGCUCCGCUCCGUCAUGUAUAUGCACGCACUUCAGCCUUAGCACCCUUACACGACUCGUCGUGUCGCAUUGUCCCUCCUUUCCUUUUUCUUUAGUCCGCCUAGGUUCUAGGAUCUGACGCUAUCCAGCCCACCCGCUCGGCUUUUAGACUCCUCUCUCCCCCUUCUACCGGUACCCUCUUCCUUCUUAUCGUCGUCGUCUGUUCCAUUGUCUUUUCACAUCGCAAUCGUAUAUGCGGUGAGGCCUCGGUCUCUCGGUGCUCAACUAUCUUCCACUCUUUGAAUUUCGCCUUCAACAUCGCUUUCGAGGGGAAGCAACCUUGAGUCUGCUGUCAGUUCACAGCCCACCUAAUUGUCUCGUGUAGUCGCCAUAUGGAGGGCAAAAGGCUGCGACAAUGGGCUUCUUGAAAUUCUUCUCGUCCAAAAGGUCAUCUGACAAGUCAUCAAACGGCAUCAAGGCGCAAGCAUAUGAUGCUACGACAGCAUCUCUUCCCCCGCUUCUAGGUACCUACCCGGUUGCCGGCAAUGGGCCAACCAAUGUCUUCGAGGACCUUCAACGGUCUCACCAUAAGAUGAGCGAAACCAAUUUGUCUCUUGCAGCGGGUUCCGAAGCUUCUGCCCCGGCACCGCCCGUCUUGCGAUUCCGUGAUUCCAGCAUCGAGCGCCCGAAUUCUGCGCCGGGCAGCGCUGUACCUCCCAGCUUUUCACCGUCUCCGUCCGGCCGUUGGGGGAGAGACUCAUCGAGGGGUCCGCCUUUGUCGUUUAGGAAACCACGAAUCGGGUCACUUUCAUCGACGACGUCUGGUCUAUCGGGACUAUCUCCCGCUCCACAACGAAGCGGCAACUCUACAGCAAUACCGUUCGAGGGAGAUCCGUUUCGCCCACCAACUGCUCCCUUCACCCAUAACCGCCACCUUUCCAUGCAAAGUACAAGCACAGCUGCAGUCAGAGGCUUCAUUGAUCUGCUGGAUGCACAAUCCGAGAUCAAGCCUUCGGGGUUUCAGAGUCGAGUGAAGGCUUCGGGCGCUCGGGAUUACGGAGAAGAUGUUGCUGACCGCAACAUUGGCGAGAAUGGAGUAGACCUUGAAUCCGACAAAGUCCAAGCAUUUUACGCAACAAACGGUGGUAGUCCGCGAGAUCGACACAACGGCGCGUUUGCGGCUCCAUCAAGAGCCCAAUUUGGAGACAAAGAACAAACGUUUAAGCCCCCCCGACGCCACGAUUCACUGGACAUCGAGGCCCGCACGAAGUCUCUGACAUCGGCGAGCCUCGGCCAGGUCCCAUUCCGAACUAAUAUGUUCAAUCCUGAACGCUCCCUCAGCCACGAGCCAAUCAUGGAGUCUGUUUCGGAGACGAUUCGUGGCCGUCGAAGGCAAUCGCUAGGUGCUUACAUACCGACGACGCCAUCGAAUGCAACAAACGGUAGAACGCUGAGUCUAAGAAAAUCGACAGCGGAUGCUUCUGGAUCCCCAAAUGGUCGACAGCACAAGAGGCGAUCUACUCUCGGAGGCGAAGCUCCCCUGAACGAAUUGGGCAUCUUUACAUCUGGGAGAGGGCAUCUUGAUCCAUCGAUGUCACCAAAGACGACCCAAAAGCCAACGUACUUGGUCAAGCACAACUACUCGUUACCGGUCCAGCAACGACCAAAGACCUCGUCAGGUCUUGUCCACACUGAAUCAUACCAGGCGGUGAGGCCGCCAUCCCGCGGAGGGUCAGUAGCCAGUCCCACAUUCUCCUCCCCAACCCAGAAGUCACCAUCCAAACGGCACACCCUCUCCGCGAUAGGCGGUGCGGCAGCAUCUACCCGUCCUACCGAGUGGCCGCGGAAUGCGAAGCUCGAUGGGGAGCCCGGCACAAGAGGAUGGGUCGGCCGAGUUGAGGUUGAGAGCUUUGUUGAUUAUGCGGAUGUGUCCUCACCGGCGCCUUCACCUCAUGUGAUGAGAAGUGGCCACUCGUGGCGUGAAGCCCAGGAUGAUUCUUGCUCACGAUCCAAGAGUAACGGAGCACCAUUCGGAAAGAGCAAGCUGGACGAGAUCUACGAACAUGUGCCAAUGCGUACGAGUAGCCUUCGGCACUGGUCGAUUUCGUCGGCGACCCCCACGAUGUCGAGCACCAGCUCCUUUCAACGACCUCAUUCCCGACACACGACAACGACGACGGUAGAUCUGGCUACCAUGUCGUCCUUCCUCAAUGACAGCUGCAGCUCCUUACACAGCGGUACAGGCGACCAUGCAUCGUUCUGCACAGCACUGGAGAGUGCCUUGCCCUCUCCAAUUACGCCGGCAAAGCCCGGAGAUGCGUUCAACAUUGACGACUAUUUGUCGUCAGACGACGACAUCGACGCCGACUCGUUCAUCACCACGCGGAAACGUGGUUCAGCACAUAGCGGCGACCACGAAGAAGGGCUCCUCUUCAGCGACGAAGGGUAUGGCGAAGGCGGUCUUCAGUUGCCGGGUCUCUUUGACAGCCUAUCCAAUAUCCCGGACCCAGAGACCACGUCGCCGGAGCGGUUUGGCCAUACAUAUUCCCUCGGUAACCCCGGUGGUCGUUUACAUCGAAAGUUCUCUUUAGACCCCAGGAUUGAAGCGCCAAUUUCUACUUUUGAAGAGGGCGAUGGUGACGCCGAGGACGAGGGCGAUGACCUGUUCGAUAUCCCCAUGCGAUCGGACCUGGCUCUCGGGCGCCGGGGCACGCGGAGGAUCUCGGCACUGGGAACCAUGUACCAGAGUAUUGAGGAGGAGAAGGACGAGAAGGUCGACGUCCGGGCCGCCGUCCGGCUUCGAAAGGAAGACAAGGCGCGGCAGCGGGCGUUGGCUAGAUUCAGCAGAGUGCAACAUAGGAGGGUUUCCCAGUUCGAGGAGAAGCAGGGCGGUAGUGAGUGAGCGCGUUGACUGUGUCGUUUCCAGCGAGUGAGAAAGUAGUAAGGCGCAAGAGCGAUUUGUCCGUGUUAUCGAGGAGUUUUAGGGGGCUAUACCCAGGGAUAUCUUAUCAGGGAUCUCGGAAGGAGACGGGAACGAAGAGUAAGGGUCGGGACAUGGAGCUCGCCGGGCGCAUAUUUUGGGUGAUGUCACGAAUCACGUCUGCUUUGUUGGCCG